CGUAUCGGAUCGGGUAAAUCAAGUGGCCCCGAUAAUCUACCGAAUUGGAUGUUGAAAUCGUUUGCAGAUCUACUUGCCGAACCUGUUACUGUGAUAUUGAAUGCGUCUUUCCGGGAGGAACGGCUACCCCCGGUGUGGAAGCUAGCAAAA